GGAAACUGAUUCCAACAAUUAUAGUAAAUCUUUCUUGUAAUCCUUCCCGUUUUCCGCUAUAAAACCCCGGUUCCUCAUCAAAAUUUAAUAUCAACAAAACCAAAAGAAAAAGAAAAAAAGAUGAAGGCCUCAUGGCCGGUGAUAAUUUUCUUCAGUUUCUUUCUUGUUCCUUGUUUUGGAGAUUUGAUUGAUGAUGCUUGUCACAAAACAAGUGAUUUCAACUUAUGUGCGACAUCUCUUAGAUCUGAUCCGCAUAGUAGUAGCGCCGACUUGAAAGGUUUGACGCGUAUUAUGAUUCAAUUGGGCUUGGCCAAGGCAAACCAAAUUUCUGCUCAAGUCAAACUACUUUUAAACCAAUCUAAAGAUCGAGGUUUCAAGCAAUGUCUUCAGAUUUGCCUUGAGGAAUUUGGCUAUGCUAUUGACCCUAGACUUCCUGAUGCUAUUAAAUAUUUGAAUUCAAACGACUAUUGGAAUGUCGACACCAACCUAGUGGGUGCUGGUAAUAGUGCAGAAACUUGCGAAGAGUCAUUUACUGAACCGCCGGGCUACACAUCACCAUUAGCAGAGGUCGAUAAGAAUUUUGAUCAUUUUAUUGAAGUGACAAGAGAUUUAUUGAGUCAGCUUAAACAAAAAUAAAGUUUUUCUAUUGCUGAUUACAAACAAAUAAUUCAUCAUAGAACCAACAGAAUCAAAUUACCAUUUUUUUAUCUUUAGCAAUUGUGUGGUUGUUAGUUUGUCUUAAAAGCUUAAUGAUUAUAAUGCUGCACGUUAAAGUAGUUUCUGGAAA